AUGGAUCGGCCGCAGAGCUGGGCUGAGAAUGGCGUUGCCCAGUGCAUUGCUCAGCGUCUGACAGAUGUCUGCCAUGCAAAGAAGCCCCCCGCGUACCAAUGCCGGGGUGCAAAGAGGGAGGGUGAUACGACAUCGGAUGAUUAUGGUGUGGCCAGAGGAAGCUUCCAAUUCCCAACGCUCCGACCCGCGCUGGCAUUACAAAAUAGCCCGGCAGCAUCGGCGAGCGGGUCGUAGAGAACGCUGGUGGGAGCGGGGGGGCCGAACUGGAAGAGAGAGGUGUUGA